AUGUCCCAUAACAUCCUAGAACGCCUACCUGUCGAAGUAUGGGUCGACAUAUUCAAGCACCUCCUUCCAACCGAGCUCCUGCCUAAUCCUCUCGCCGACUUUAUGACCGACAUUCGACUAUUCUCAACCGGAAAGCCGUCCGUCACCUCUUUUGUUUCUUCCACCAUGGAGAAGACGCGCCUGUCGCUCGUAUGUCGUUACUUUUACGCCAUUCUCUCUCCAGCAGGGGAUAGACUGGUAACAUUCGAUGCGACCAAGAUAGCACCGACAACGUGCAAGUUGAGGGGCCAAAACGUCGAGCAUGCCAGACGACUUGAAGUAUUGGGUGCCGGAGAAUUGCCGGUUUUGCCCGAGUCUGACCCUCUUGAUUCUUCGAAAGAAAACUGGCCGCCCCAAUGGCUAGUCCAGGAAUGGCCGACGUUGCAAUUUUUACACGUGGAAGCAGCACAAGUCCCUCUUGCUCACCUUUUAGAUCAUACUCCACGCCUCGUCGCACUUUCUUGCACCUUUUUGGACGAUGCGAGCGGGAAUUCGUCCAUUUCGGCAAUUCUCCAACACCCCGUGUUCAAUCGACUGACGCAUCUAUCGCUCUGCGUCUCGACCACUGACGCACUGGCCCCUGUCGCGAUGCCAUGUUUGGCCUUUCUUCGCUUGGAGAUUGUGGAUCCUUGCUACAGUGCAAUUUAUUCGUCCCGUAUGCGAGCGGCAAUCCCACUUCCGCUACCCGUCGACCUCUUACCAUGGACGCUACCCGUACUCUCUUCACUUGUUCUAUCUGGAUGGAUUGGUCAUGAUUGUUUCCAAUCGCUACGACCAUUCAUCAUACGCCAGAGGGAGGGACUCACCCGCUUUCACAAUUCGCUCGUCGUGUACCACGGCGUCGGGCGGAUUCGACACGAAUUCCUCAUGCAUUUCCCCAAUUUGAAGAUUUACGGAGUCGAAUUUCAUUCCAUCCUUCGGAAUGGGUUCUUCCCCGUUGACUCUGUGCCGAUGGCGGAAGAGGCCAAGCCGUUGACGGUGCUGGUGACAGGAACUUCAUUUCCGUGGAUGGCAUAUGUGUCGUCUACACCGCUUUCUGCCGUCGCGGCUAUCAUCGAAAGGAUCUUACCUCCGGAAGCGCCGUAUUUCAUCGAGAGGGUGAUGCUCUCGGAGACGUGGGCGGAGACGACGCCCUGGAUGGAGCAAGGCUUGCUCGAGUUUUUCACCCAGCUCGAGGCAUCUGGUGUGGAGAUGGUGGAUAGGCACGGGGCGUCAAUAGGCAGUACCCACAAGAAUGCCAAGAUAGGAGAAGAUAGGCAAGAAAUGUCUCCAGAGCGUGCCUCGCGGUCCCCCACCCGUCCAGGUCGAGCUGGAUGGCACCCUGUGAAACGAUACAAAGUAUGGCUGGAGCAGGCAUGCUGA